AUGAGUAAACAGUUGUUCUCCUCGAAAGCGGAUAAUCGAAUAACUACUGUGGUCGCUACACCUGGUUAUGGACCGGAUCGACAAGUUGAAGUACAGUACUCCGAUACUAAGGUAAUAGGCAACGGUUCUUUCGGAGUGGUUUAUCUUGCCAAACUUGCUGAUACUAAUGAGCUUGUUGCGAUCAAAAAAGUUUUGCAAGAUAAAAGGUUUAAGAAUCGCGAACUGCAAAUAAUGCGCAAAUUGGAGCAUCAAAAUAUUGUAAAAUUGAAAUAUUUCUUUUAUUCUAGUGGGGAAAAGAAAGAUGACUUGUUCUUAAAUCUUAUACUCGAGUAUAUACCAGAAACUGUUUAUCGUGUUGCACGGCAUUAUUCGAAACAGCGACAAAUAAUACCUGCACUUUACAUAAAGCUAUAUAUGUACCAGUUAUUUCGAGCAUUGGGAUAUAUCCACAGUUUGGGCGUUUGCCAUCGAGAUAUCAAGCCGCAGAAUUUAUUGCUUGAUCCAGAUUCAGCAGUGCUGAAGCUUUGUGAUUUUGGUUCUGCAAAACAUCUUGUUAGAGGGGAACCGAAUGUGUCCUACAUUUGCUCUCGCUACUAUCGUGCCCCCGAAUUGAUAUUUGGCGCGACGGACUACACAACGAGCAUUGAUGUUUGGUCGGCAGGAACGGUGCUUGCGGAGCUUUUGCUGGGACAGCCAAUUUUCCCUGGCGACUCAGGUGUAGAUCAGCUCGUGGAAAUCAUUAAAGUGUUGGGUACACCCACACGUGAUCAAAUACAGCAGAUGAAUCCAAAUUAUACUGAUUUCAGAUUCCCGCAAAUCAGAGCUAAUCCUUGGCAACGUGUGUUUCGUCCACGAACUCCCUCGGAAGCGGUCGAUCUCGUCUCACGUCUUUUGGAAUAUACGCCUAACGCUCGGCUGUCACCACUUCAAGCAUGUGCUCAUACAUUUUUUGAUGAGUUACGCCAUCCUAAUUGCAAACUGCCAAAUGGUAGACCAGUGCCACCAAUUUUCGAUUUCUCUGAACAGGAAUUGCGCAUCGAACCUAAUCUUAAUGCUGCUCUUUUACCUCAGAACUCAGCAAGAGGACCAUCAACGGCAGCAGUAGGUAGUUCAUCAUCGUCACCAGUGGAAGCUUCAUCAGUGGCAGGGGCUCCAAGCGGUUCCACUUCAGCUGUUAAUAAUGAGCCAACUUCCACGGAUGCGUGA